AUGGCCGUCAAGUACAACCAGGACGAAACGCUAACCGAACUUGAAAAACAUGGUUUAAAUACUUCUUGUUUUAACGUGGACGAGUUUAUAUUGAUGCAUCUUCCCGCGGAAGCCUGGGGUCCCUAUAUUACCCUAUUGUUAUUGGAUCGAGGAUGUGAGGAAAACCAAAUAUUUCAUCGGCUUCCAGCAUGGCAUACCAAAGAAGGCAGAUCAGCGGCAAACAUGGAUACGUCUUUAAGAACUACGUCGGUGCAGGAGUCAAUGGAAACGAUUAGACUCCAGAGCAUGGUCAUUGGGGAGAGAGAAACGUUACUUAUAAUACAUCUUAAGCGACUGACAGCCGAGCAUCCACUUAGAAAAGACAUUGACAGGUACCUUCCCGGUGCAUCAUCCAACCUAAUUUGCAUGUCAGUCAUCUCUGGUACUAUUAAAAUCAUGGAGGUUCUGAUCAGAUAUGGUGCGGGUUUGGAGACAGAAGGUUGCAUUGAAGGAACAUCACUGAUGGCAGCCUGUUGCGCAGGCAGUUUGUCUGUUGUUAAGUUCCUCAUCUGCCGAGGCGCCCAGGAGGUCUACGCCAGUCAAGGGAAGUUAAAAAGCGCCCUCGACAGCGUAAAACACCUCCCGAGAUUCGUAACUGGCUAUUAG